GUUCAUUAAUUAAUUUUCACGGCGUCUUUAAUGAGAGAAAGUUAAAUACGAAAAGAUGCUUUCUUUAAGCUUGAUCAUAUUUGUUUUGGCGAGUAAUUCAUUAGUUGCGGAUGCAGGUCGUCCAGAUCAAGAAGUGGAAUCAGAGUAUGCUAGCAGUAUUGAGUGUUAUUCCUUGCAAUCCCUAUCUGAUGUGUCUAUGGAAUCUGAUGGUCUUGUUAUAGAAUCUGAUGCAUCAGACAUUGAUGAUCUUGGCUGUUCCUUAAUGGAUAUUUCGGAAACUGAUGAAUCUGAAGUUCUAUGUCAAUCAACAAACAAUGACUUUCAUCCAACUGUGACAAGUACACCUCAGAGAAGUGUCAGCUUUCAGAACAUUGAAAAAGUCUAUGCAACCCCAAAACCAGUUUCAGCAAAAUGUCUUUUAAUCAAAGAGUCAUUUGCAUCUGGAAGCAAGUUGCUUCAAAGAAUGACUGCCAGAAAAAACAUUAUGAGAUCUCUUUUGUUUGAAUGUUCAUGUGGGGAUAAUUGUAUUGAAAAGAUGGAUUUUGAAACAAUAAAAGUAUUGAGAUAUGGAUAUUGGUCUAAGAAUCAGAAGCAGAGAGCUCAAUUCUUAAUUUUAGGGCUUU